AUGUCUAGUCAAAAUUUGGAGACUGACAGAGGGUUUACUGGAGAGGAAGAUGAAGAUGGUGUGUCAGUGACAUUCACCGCCGCUAGUGUGUUGGACAGCAAGCUCACUCGGGUCUUCUUCCCAAUUGUGUACAUCAUCGUCUUCAGUGUGGGCUUGCCAACCAAUACCAUGGCCAUCUGGGUCUUCCUUUUUAGAACAAAGAAAAAACACCCUUCAUCCAUCUUCAUGGCCAACCUCGCACUGGCAGACCUACUAUUUGUCAUCUGGAUUCCUCUAAAAAUCGCGUACCAUUUCAAUGGGAAUAACUGGAUCUACGGAGAAGCCCUGUGCAAAGUGUUGGUGGGGUUUUUCUACGGGAACAUGUACUGUUCUACCACUUUUAUUACGUGUAUCAGUGUCCAGAGGUAUUGGGCCGUAGUACAUCCUCUUUCCCAGCAAAAGCGGAAUAACAAAUUGGCGGUGGGUGUGUCUGUGUGUGUGUGGUUUGUUGUGUGGCUUAUCACCGUGCCUCUUUAUCUUUACGACCAGACUGUGAUGGUCAACAACCUUAACAUCGUCACCUGCCAUGAUGUCACUCGCCCCAGCCAAUCACUCUACCCUACUAUCUACUUCCUGACCAUGGGAGUUGUAGGAUUUGUAGUUCCCUGCAUAGUGUGCAUAGUGGCGUACGUACAGAUGCUACACGCUCUCAAAAGCUCUAUGACAGACGCCAACAUUGUUCAGAAGCGGAGAAAGGCUAUUAUCCUCAUUGUCACGGUACUGGUAAUGUUCCUGGUUUGUUUCACGCCCAGUAACAUCAUGGUUAUGGUGCACUACUCCCUGUUGUCAGCCGGUGUGAAGGACGGCGGUUACGGCUUCUACAUCACUAUGCUGUGCCUGGCCAGUCUCAACAGCUGUGUUGAUCCGUUUAUGUACUAUUUCAUCUCCGAUGAGUUCAGGGAUCAUGUCAGAAACAUGUUUCUAUGCCGGAGCGAACGCACUGCGCAGAGGAUACGGGUGUCAUUUAGCACACUGAAGUAUGCUAAGAAAAGCAGUGCCUACACGUCAGACUCUGCAAAUACACAGAGCAGCUCCUACUAAGAUUGAACUUCAGAGACGACAAGCAGUUUUAAAAGUCUAUGCAGUGAUACCCAGACAUAGACCACUAGAAAACUACUAUGACCUCUCAUUAAUGAUAUUAUAAACUGCGACAACUUUAAUGCAAGGACAGAUUUCAGAAAUGUGCACUGAAUUGUAUUCAAGGAAUA